AUGAAGACCUACAGAUCUAGAGAUCCGGACACUGCCAUUCCGAAGGAUCUUAACCUCACAGAACUCCUCCAUGACAGCGCUCGCUCUCCACCCCUACAACCUGAUCAUGUCAUUGCUCAGGACGAUGUAGAAGAUCGCACCCUAACCAUAGAUCAGCUACGCUCGAAUGCGGGAAAACUUGCUACAGGCUUGAAACGGCAGUACAGCCCGAAGGAUCAAAGUCGAUGGGCCAUCAUCCUCCCCAACAGUGUUGCCUACAUCGAAGCUGUGCACGCAGUUCUAUGGCUGGGUGGCGUAUUUUGUCCUAUCAACCAUCAGCUGAAGGCAGGCGAGAUCGCGCAUGCCCUGACUGUGUCGAAGCCGACAUUCGUGAUAGUAUACUCGAUAGUUGUGGAAACAGUGAAGGAGGCGAUCGAACUCGCGAAGCAGCAAUGUCCGGACAUGGGGCAUCUGGAAAUAUUAACUGCCAUCGGCUCACCUGCAAAAGGGCUCCGACAUCUACACGCGGAUCUAAUGGCCUCCGAGGUACUAUCUGUACCUCAUUAUCCGGACACCAGGAAGAGGCUGGCCUCGAUACACCUCUCAUCAGGAACCACGGGUAAUCCCAAAGGGGUUGGGCUCUCGCAGUACAAUUACCUCGCCAAUGUUUUACAAAUGUGGGCACACGAUCCGGACCAUUGGUCCCCAGAGGAGAAGAUUGUCUCCUAUACUCCCUUUGUGCAUAUCGCAAAUACAACGAUACCCUUGUUCCUGGGACCGUGGACCGGUAUGCUACACAUAAUCAUGGGAUCCUUCGACACCGAGACGUACGCGAAAACUAUACAACGCACAAGAGCGACAGCGGCACAAGUCUCGCCAAUGACCGCGUUGGCCAUAGCAACCACAGAUCUGGCGUCGAAAUAUGACUUUUCAAGCAUCAGGCACAUGACUUGUGGCCCAUUGCCCCUCAAGCAAGACGUUUACGAAGAGUUUCUGCGGCGCGGCCCGUGGAAGACAAUAACUCUUUACGGGAUGACAGAAGCCGCUCCAUAUGUGACGUGGCAGAAAAUCAGAGACACUUUGCCACUGGGUAAGAGCGGGACACUACUGCCGAAUAUUCUGGGAUCGUUGCGUCUCGAAAACGGCGCAGAUGCUCCAGAAGGCGGACCCGGUGAACUGUGGUUGAAAGGGCCCAACAUGACGGCAGGUUACGUGGACAACCCUACUGCGAACGAGACCGCUUUUGACCGAGACGGAUGGUAUAAUACGGGCGAUGUGUGCACCAUUUCUUCCGAAGGCCAUCUACAGGUCGUGGGCAGAACAAAGGAGUUGAUCAAGUACAAUGGUUUUCAGGUGUCUCCGACAGAGCUGGAAGCAUAUAUCAUCGCCCACCCUGCCGUCCUGGAUGCUGCAGUUGGAGGAGUGUGGGAUGCUGCCAAGAUGACCGAACUGCCCACGGCUUACGUUGUGCUCAAGGACCAUGUCCAGGAGCGAGAAGAUAAGAUUCAAGCGCUCAAGGACAUUCAGCGAACGGUCGACAGACAAGUGGCGGGAUACAAAAAACUGCGAGGACAUGUCUGGGAGGUGAAAUCCCUACCACGGAACGCGACCUUCAAGCUCCUAAGGAAGCAGCUGGGAAUACACAAGACAGGAGUAUGCUCUGCCGAAGGCGAAGCGAGGACCUCCAAGUUGUAA